CCAUGUGAGCACACGACUCUGACCCGAGGGAAGGGAACUACACUGAUGGAUUGAUUUUAUUAAAAUAAAUAAAUGAAUUAAAUGUUUCUGGAUGUACAGUGAGCUUUAAAGGAAUACAUCGUUUUAUUGUCGCAGCGGCGGAAGUGAGGAUUCUUCUCUCAGCCGAUUACAGGAGUCACUUUGUGACAACAUGCUCCAGAAUGACAAACAAGAAGUGCCAAAGGCUGAAGCGGAACCGGACUCACCGACACACAAAGACACCGAGUCCACCAACUUCCCCAUACCGGUUUAUCCCAAACCGGAGAUCAAACGGAACGCGGUGACAGACGACUACAAGAUCUCCACUGAGGUUCUGGGUUUAGGAAUCAACGGCAAAGUGCUGCAAUGUUUCAACAAGAAGACCGGAGAGAAGUGCGCCCUCAAGGUUCUCUAUGACAGUCCAAAAGCCAGAAGAGAGGUAGAGCUGCACUGGCGAGUAUCGGGGGGGCCGUACAUUGUUCAGAUUCUCAGCCUGUAUGAGAACAUGCAUCAUGGGAAGAAGUGCCUCCUCAUCAUUAUGGAGUGUAUGGAGGGUGGAGAACUGUUUAGCCGAAUCCAGGCCAGAGGAGAUCAAGCCUUCACUGAGAAAGAGGCAUCUGAGAUUAUGAGGGACAUCGGCACAGCUAUCGAAUUUCUACACCACAUGAACAUCGCGCAUAGAGAUAUCAAGCCAGAAAACCUGCUGUACACCACUAAAGACAGAAAUGGGGUCCUCAAACUCACAGACUUUGGCUUUGCAAAGGAGACAACGCUACAGAACUCUCUGCAGACCCCCUGUUACACACCUUACUAUGUGGCGCCUGAGGUUUUGGGUCCAGAAAAAUAUGACAAAUCUUGCGACAUGUGGUCUCUUGGAGUCAUCAUGUACAUCCUUUUGUGUGGCUUCCCUCCGUUCUACUCCAACACGGGCCAAGCCAUUUCUCCGGGGAUGAAGAGGAGAAUCCGAAUGGGCCAGUAUGAAUUUCCAAACCCUGAGUGGGCUGAUGUGUCACAGGAAGCCAAAGAUUUGAUCCACCAGCUGCUGAAGACAGACCCCAAUGAGCGAAUGACCAUCACCCAGUUUAUGAACCAUCCUUGGAUCAACAAGUCUAUGGUGGUUCCCUCCACUCCGCUCCACACCACCCGCGUUCUGACCGAGGACAAAGCCAUGUGGGACGACGUCAAGGAGGAGAUGACAAGCGCCUUGGCAACCAUGCGUGUGGACUACGACCAGGUGAAGAUUAAGGACCUCGACACUUCCAGCAACCCUCUGCUCAAUAAGAGGCGCAAAAAGGCUGCAGCAGGGGCCAAGAGCGGGUCCACGGUCUGUCAAAGUCAGUGAUAUGAGUAGAAAGUCCAGACAGAACAGCCAAGAGACACUUAGAAGACAAAGAG